GACCCAUCUGUCUGAAAUCUUCACCAAACAUGUAUGGGCAUGUUUAUACACCUCAAAACUAGCAUUUACCUUGAAAUCUGUCUCAGAUUUAAAAACCCAAUCCAAGAUUGCUUUGAGAACUCGAUCGCAUCAGAAGCCUGAACCAAAAUGAAGCUAUUUCUCCCGCUACUUGUACAAGUCCUCCUGCCACUAGUCUCCGGCUACCGGUUCUCGCCCAGCUACUUCCACAACCUGGACACGCCCUACAUGGAGGAGGGCGCCUCCUUUCUGGAGACCGAGGAGUGUCCCUCCGACGAGAGCAGCUGCGAAGGCGGCGAGGAGACCAGCUGCACCCCGGAGCUGUACCCCACCACCACUUUCAAGCCCCUCGACGGCUGUGGAUCGGAGCUGGACACUGGCCGGGAGGGGUAUGGAGCUGGAAGUGGGAUGCGAGGACCUAGCGGCUGUGGAGCACCCGACCCCUGCAGCGAUGGGCCCGACAAGCAGAAUCCCCGCCUGCAGGCCACCUCGAUCGCCCAGAACGCCGCCCAGGUGGCCAAGGCCGCCAACGACGCCCAGAUGGCCGCCGCCCAGGAGGCCGCCCGCCAGGUGAAGAUGCAGCUGGCCGACAAGGCGCUGGCCGCCGCCCGGGCCGCCGACGCCAUCAUGGAGGGCAAGCAGGCCAUCGUGGACAACUACGCCCGGGAGCUGCGGGAGGCCGAGGCGGUGGUGAACCAGGUGGGCGCCUCCCUCGAGUGCAGCGAGACGAACGCCGAGGCAGCCUUCGCGGCGGCCAAGGAGGCCGAGAGCGAGGCCGCCUCCUUCAAGGCGCUCCUCGACAGCUGGAAGUGCACUGUGACCGACGUGGAGGGGAUGCAGGAGCAGGCCAAUGUGGACCUCGAGGAGAAGAACCAGAUGCUGACGGCGGCGCGGGCCCGGGGGGAGCACCUCACCCAGCAGGUGGCCAUCGCCCGGCAGGACUACGAGCAGGUGAAGGAGGCCGCCUACCGCGCCGCCUCGGCUGCGGUGGAGGCCCGCCAGAAGGCCAACAUGCCCACCUGUCAGCUGCCGCCGCCGCCGCCCAAACCGUGUGGCGACGAUUCCUGGGCCCGGGACCUGCCCGACGAAGCGCCACGAGCCGGCGGCAGUCCUGUCCGGCCCAGGAACGGGGAGAAGACCCCGUCCAGCAGCGGGGAGGGGACACCCACUGCCAGGGCCAGCUGCCAGGCCCUCCUGGAGCUGUACAGGCAGCGCCGCCGGCAGCAGAUGCGGCAGCGACGCCAGGAGCUGCGGAAGAAGCAGAAGCGGGCCAGGAGGCUCAAGGGCCGGAAGGGCAGGGAGGACGAAGGGAAGCCCCUGGUCAGCCGGAAGGCUAUAUACGACUUUGUGGACGGAUAUUGA